AUGAGUCCAUCCAAUACAGCAAUUCAGUCUGCAGAGUCCAUUCAACAUAAACCUACAACCCAAUGGCGUAACCCAUCUAUUGACCAAGCCAUUUCUGGUUUCACUGCUGGUGCUGUAUCCACUGCUAUUCUGCAUCCACUGGAUUUGGUCAAGACUCGGUUUCAAGUAAAUGAAAAAUUGAAGGCUCGGCUAUCAUUAAAGGGCUCUCUUAGAGAAAUCACCAAAAACGAAGGUAUCCGUGCACUAUAUCGAGGAAUGUCUGCAAAUAUGUUGGGAGCCACAAUGUCAUGGGGAAUGUAUUUUUGGUGGUAUGCCAAUAUCAAGGACUGGAUGCGGUCCGACUCUCCAGGUUCAAAAACUACAAAACUGGCAGCUCCCCAGCAUCUAGCUGCAUCUGCCAGUGCAGGCAUGCUUACGUGUUUAUUUACAAAUCCAUUGUGGCUCAUUAAAACUCGUAUGUGCACCCAGCGUGCUUCGGAUUUAGGAGCCUAUCGUCAUGUUUUUGAUGGGCUUGCUCAAGUUGUACGCCAUGAAGGCAUUGCUGGACUAUAUCGUGGAAUAUUUCCCGCAUUGAUUGGUGUUUCGCACGGAGCCGUUCAAUUUAUGAUAUACGAAGAAUUGAAGCACUUGCGUAUCGAAAUUGUGCAUAACGCAGAUAUAGAUAAACUUGCAAGUAUUCUGUCAUUUUUAAUCCCGAGAAUGAUCUGUGGGACAUUGGAGUAUAUCAGCAUGGCGGCCAUAUCAAAGAUAUUUGCAACCGUUUUUACAUAUCCCUAUCAAGUAGUCAAGUCGAGAAUGCAGGUGCAACCUAGCUAUGUGAAUUCACAAUAUUCAGGAACAUUUGGGACAAUAAUGCAGAUCGUCAAAAACGAACGGAUGGGAGGUUUCUACAAGGGAAUGGGAGUAAAUAUUGUGCGAGUGAUGCCUGGAACAUGUAUUACAUUUGCAGUUUACGAAGGAAUGAGCAAGUUUCUACGCAACUCAUACUAG